UGCAUGUGGAUCAACACCUCGGGUAUAAAUGUUGGAGCAGACCUUCAGGAGCACCAGUGGUCGUCAACAUCCACAGUUGACUCCUUGACGAACAACAGACGUCAUGAAGUUGUUGGUGCCUCUCUCACUGUUGGCCCUCGCCCUCGCCGUCACAGCUGCCAAUGAUGGCGUGAUGGUGUGCUACUACGGCUCUUGGGCCGUGUACAGGCCAGACAAGGGCAAGUUCGACGUAGAGGCCAUCGACCCAGCCAUCUGUACUCAUCUCAUCUUUGGUUUCGCUGGACUUUCUUAUGACAACAAGAUCAGGGUGUUGGAUCCCUUCAACGAGUUGUGUGAGAACUACGGCAAGUGCGCCUACAACAGGUUCACCGCCCUCAAGGAGCAAAACACUGAACUCAAAACCCUUCUGGCUGUAGGAGGAUGGAAUGAGGGCUCCCCCAAAUACUCUAAUAUGGCUGCAAGUCCUUCGUUAAGGAAGAGUUUUGUUGAUUCCUCUAUAGAGCUGUUGAAGGCCCACAACUUUGAUGGUCUGGACUUGGACUGGGAGUACCCGACCCAGCGUGGGGGGAAGCCUGAGGACAGGGUGAAUUACGUCACCCUUCUGUCAGACCUCAAUAAGGCGCUGCAUGCUAACAACAUGUUAUUGACGGCCGCUGUGUCCGCCGGUAAGCUCACCAUCGACCCAGCCUUUGACAUCCCAGGUGUGGCGCAGCAGGUAGACUGGAUCAACCUGAUGGCAUACGACCUGCAUGGUGCCUGGGACCCCUACACCCACCACCAGUCUGGCCUCUACCAGUACCCCGACGACACGGGAGAUAAUGUCUACCUCAACCAGGACUUUGCUGUGAAUUACUGGAUUGAUGGAGGAAUGCCAAGCACCAAGAUCGCCUUGGGUGUACCUCUGUAUGGUCGCUGCUGGAAGCUGAACUCUAACACAGAUGAGCAUGGCUACUACGCCCCCGCCAGCCAGCCAGGACCUGCAGGACCCUACACCAGGAGUCCAGGAUUUUUAGGCUACAAUGAGAUCUGUGAGUUCCAGAAGACAGAGAGUGACUGGGUGGUAGAGAUAGCACCAGGUAUGAACGAGCCCUACACCUACAGCUACAGCCAUGAGAGGAUCUGGUGCUCCUAUGAUGACCACGACUCCUGCGUGGUGAAGGCCAACUAUGCCAAGGGCAAGAACUUGGCCGGUAUGAUGAUCUGGAGUAUUGAGACUGACGACUUCUUGGGUGAGUGUCAUGACCGCAAAUUCGACCUCAUCAAGACCUUGAGGGAGACCUUCAGUGGUGAAAUAAUUCCAACACCGCCAACACCGCCAACCACCACUCGUGACCCGAGUGCACCUACCACCACCCCCACCACCACCCGCGCUACUCCUCGUCCUGAUAGUGUGUGUUCAGAGCCUGGCCCCAAUGCUGACCCUGAUAACUGCCACCACUACUACCUCUGCUCCCCGAAUGUUGACAACGGUUACGACGCUACAGAGGAAAUAUGUGCUGCAGGUACACUCUACAACCCUCAGGCCAAAUUCUGUGACUGGGCGUCUUCCGUGUGUGCCAUCGACAACAUCUGCCCCAAUGAUUGUCCUUAAACGUCUUCCCUCCUCCUGCCCUCACUUUAUCUAUCAUAGUGACACCUCCCACAACCUCUUUCCCCUUCCCUAGCUUGUCCCAUGUUAGACACCAUGACCUAAUCUUUCCCCGCCCCUGACCUUCAUAGGGGUCAUAACACCCUGAACCUUUUCCUCAUCCCUGAACAAAAGGUCUGAACUGGUUCUAGGUUUAUCAAGCUACAUCGACUUAGCCUCGCACAAGGUUGAUGCUCCUGGUUUCUUCCAUGACGUCUUAUUACUUUAAGAAAUAAAGUAUUUGGAGGAACUGAUGAAUAAAUGGCGGUUUUUAA